CAGCCCAUAGCAGGGCUCGGCUUUUUUCUUGUUUUCAGUAGCAAGCAUGCUUAUGAUUGUGCCAGAGCACAUUUUGAACAACACCAUGGGAAUUUCGGAUUUUACACAGGUGGUUGGAUGUUACACUCUGGAAAUGGAAGGAAGAAAACGACCCUGGAAUGAUGAGUGUAAAAGCAAAGAAGAAAGCUCGGACUUCUUUCGGGGCUACAGCCCCGCCCUUCAUUGACUACCUGAAAGAUAUUCUACGUCGAUAUCCAGAUGGUGGACAAAUUUUGAAGGAGCUGAUUCAAAAUGCAGAUGAUGCUCGAGCUACAGAAGUGGUAUUUAUCCAUGAUGAGAGAAGCUAUGGGACUGAGAGCAUUUGGACUGAAGAACUGGGAAAAUAUCAAGGUCCUGCUCUCUAUGCCUACAACAAUGCUGCAUUUACUGUUGAAGACUGGCAAGGAAUUCAGAUGGCUGGAAGGAGUGUGAAGCGUGAUGACCCAAGCAAAGUUGGGAGGUUUGGAAUCGGCUUCAACUCUGUUUACCACAUAACAGAUGUGCCAAGUAUAUUGAGUUCAGAGCAUCUUGGCAUGAUGGAUCCCCAAGAAAAAGUAUUUGGAGAGAGAAAUGGAGGGUUUCGGUGGUCUUUGGAUGAUUCUGAAGACCAAGAAGUUCUGCUGAAUAUGCAUGAUCAGUUUCAACCAUUUAGAGAUAUAGUCUCACUUGUAUGUGAACAUGGAUGGUCAAAAGUUGUCAUGGAGGAUCAGCACUUCAGUGGGACAAUUUUUAGAUUUCCUUUACGCAAUGAAGCAUCAGAAAUUUCUGAUAAUCUGUAUGACUCAGAUAAAGUGGUUGAGCUUUUUGAUAGCUUCAUUGCAGAUGCAGAUUUGAGCCUCCUCUUCUUGAAAAAUGUCACCUCCGUGUCCUUGUUACAUAUUAGUGAAGAUGGAGCUGUUAACACCAGACUUGAAGUGAAAUCCUCAGUCCCCACAGAUGGUGUUUUGGAGCCAGAAGAGGAGUCAGUCAUUGAGGGUCUAACAAGGUUCAAAGUUAUAACUGUGAGUUCAAAAGACCAAAAAGAGACAAAGUGGCUUCUGACAACAUGUACCAUGAAAGAGGGCGUUGUAGAAGAUCUUGAUUUGCUUACAAAGAAGUUGAGCUUUUUACCUCAAGUUGACCUGGCAUUCCCCUGUGGUGAGAAGAGAGACUGUAGCCAGAGCAGACUGAGCUGCUUUCUCCCCCUUCCAAACAAUGAAUCCAAUAAGACAGGACUCCCAGUUUAUGUCAAUGCAUGCUUUGGCCUCACAGACAAUAGAAGACACAUCAAAUGGCAAGAGGAAGACCAGAGACAUGAUGAACAUGCUUUGUGGAAUGAAAUGCUGAUGAAGAAGGUGUUUCCACAAGCAUACAUCAAGAUCAUUCAAGAUGCCAUUAAACUUGCCCAAAACUCUAUCCUCCCUGUUUCCUCUGUGUACAAUCUGUGGCCAGAUCUCACUCAGAUACAACACAAAGAAAAAUGGCAUGCUCUCACUCUGGAUGUUUUUCAUCACUUAUUCAGACAGAAUGUGGCCAUCCUCUCUCUUGCUAAAGAUGAAAGACAGUUUAUCUCUCCAUCAGAAGCUGUUUUCCCCUGCAAUGGCCCAACAAGCACCAACAUAUUGUCUGCCAUUAAAAGGGCUUUAGUGUCAUGUGGAGAAAAUCUUGUCACUUUACCAGCUAGUGUUGCAAUGGUUAUAAAUGAGGCCUACCCAAACCCUGCUACCCUAAAACAUGUUACUCCAGCAUUCCUCAGGGCCAUUCUCCACAGGACCGGUGUGGAUAACAUCACCAAAGAUGACAAUCUCAGUCUUUUGGAGUACAUUUUGGGUGAUGAACAAUACAAAGAACUUGAGGGUCUUCAGCUCCUUCCACUCAGUGAUGGCUCUUUCAGAUAUUUCUCAUACAGAGAGGAAGACACUGCUUUGAUUGACAGCCAUGAAUUUCCAAGAAUCUUGCUGCCAUUCUGCAAUCACCUCUUUAUCCCACACAAUCUCACUCCUGUCUGCAGUACCCAUCUAAUACAACUAGCCAGAAGAAGUUUCUUCAGGGUCAUCAGUAUUGAUGCAUCCCAUGUAGCUGAAUAUGCAAGACGAUAUUUGCCACCAGACUGGAAACAGACAGGGAAGAACCUUGUUGCAUGGGAAAACAGCAACAGUCAGCAUCCACCUUUAGAUUGGUUUCAAGAAUUCUGGAGGUUUCUCAACAGUCAUUUUAAUGAGUUAAGUCCUUUCACUGACAUACCUCUAAUACCAGUUAGUCCUCUGUCUCACAGUCAAACUGUAUCAGUAGCAAAACUACAGCAGGACACAACUCUGAUCUUUCAGAAAAACAAGCAUUUGAGUUUGCCAGACCGAAUAGCUCAGUUGGUGAACAAAGUUGGUGGCACAGUGGUGAGAGGAAAUGAGUGGCUCAAGCAUGAAGACCUUGACUCAUAUGUGCUGUGCCCAUCUCCAAGGAGUGUUUUGAAGGUCUUGAUUAAUUUAGAUUUCCAACAUCUCUUGACAGAGCUCACAUCUGCCUCUCACACAGCACGCAACGAACUGAAAGAUUAUCUCUCUUAUCUGGAUUCUCUCUCAAAAACAGAGAAAGAUUUUCUAUUGAAGUUGCCUUUGUUUCAAACCAUGAAAGGAUUCAGUGUUGCAGCUCAAUCGAAACAAGCUCUGCUUCUGAUCUCAGGCCUAACAGUACCAACAGAGCUCCCUGUGCCUGAUUCCAUAAUCCAGUGUUCUACUGAGACUGACCGCAGACUGUUACAGCUGCUCAAAGUUCAUCUCUUGGACACCGCCGAAGCAGCCAAUGUUCUUGUUGACAGCAUAAGGAAAGGGAAUUGUAGCAAUGACGAAACUAAAAAAACAAUGACUUGGGUUUUACAGCAUGGUAAGGUGCUUUUCUCACAAAACGAAUCCCUGAAAUGUAGCUGUAAGGACUUGAGCUUCAUUGAGGUGAAUGGACAGCUGAAAAAGGCAUCUGACUUUUUUGAUCCAAGAGUUCAGACUUUUAAAGUCAUCUUUGAGUCAGACUUCUUUCCACCGCCUUCAUACACUCAUUCACUGCAGAUGCUGGAAAGCUUAACAGAAAUCGGAUUACUGAAUAAAGAGAUAGAUGUCUCACCUGAACAUUUGCUACAUGCUGCCACGUUGACUGACAAACUGUGCAUGAACUCACAGACUGAGGCUCUGAGAAGAGCUCAGGUUCUGUUGGAAAUGUUGGAAAGUAAUGAUCUACUGACAAAGUUUUCUCACAAACAACUUCAUUGCCUCAAAAUGCUUAAAUGGAUCCCAUGUGAACAACCUGGAAGUAACCAACAAUUCAGUGAUAAAUCUCAGAAGUAUUGUUUGUUUUGCCCAAAUGAAAUAAGACAUUCUGUGUAUAAGGACAUUGUUGGACAUGUAAUGCCACUAACAGGGAAGCUCAGUGACAGAGUUAGCAACAGACUUGGUCUCAAAGACCUACCACCAUCUGAAAAAGUGAUUGAAAAUCUGUCAGUCUUGAAAUCAAAAGCACUGGAAAUGGUUAAUCCUGACACAGAUGUAGACUUCAAAAGACAGCUGCACAGCAUUUACAAACACAUGCAAGACAAUGUCUCUGUAUUUGUUACAAUGAUG